AUGCCAGACCUCGAAGGUCGAGCGCUCUUUACGGCUGCGACAUCACUAACAUGUCUUGGAUUUCUGCUCAUAGGAUAUGAUAAUGGUUUGAUGGGAGGACUCGUUAAUGCAACAGGGUUCAAAGAUACUUUCAACAAUCCUGACCCCGCCAUCUUUGGCCUGAUCGUCGCUAUCUAUGAGGUGGGGUGUUUCUUAGGGAGUGUGGCUACAUCUGUGUUUGGAGAUGACAUUGGAAGGAAGAAAUCAAUUGGAAUAGGAGUAGUGAUCAUGAUAAUUGGGGCAUUAUUGCAAGCAUCAGCAUACACGAGAGCUCAAAUAAUCGUAGCACGAGUGGUUUCUGGAGUAGGAAUGGGAUUUAUAAAUAGUACUGUCCCUGUUUUUCAAGCAGAGUUCAGUCCCAAAGCAACAAGAGGAUUAUGUCUGCAUGCAAUUAUCGACUCUGAACUUUGGGAUCUUCUUGGCCUAUUGGAUCGAUUACGGCUUCACGCAAUCGUACACUGCCUCGUUUUCCUAGAGAUACCAAUGCUUGGUUUGCUCGCCAUAGUUCCUGAAUCUCCUCGAUGGCUAGCUGCGCACGAGAAAACGGAUGAAUCGUUGAUUGUUCUCGCUCGAUUACAUUCAUAUCACAUGACAGAGGAGCAAAUCGAAUCUUUACACCUAGACAUUGUCCGGACUUGCGAAUUUGAAAAAUCGCUAGGAACAGGCUCUUGGAGCGACCUGUUCAAAAACGAUGCAAUCCAAUCACAACGUCGAUUCUUAAUUGCAUGCGCCAUUCAAUCUUUUCAACAAUUAGGCGGUAUAAACGCAUUGAUAUAUUACUCCAAUACACUUUUCUCAACUUCCCUAGGAUUUACAGAUCAUCUCAGUGCGCUUAUGUCGGGGUUUCUCCAAACUUGGUUCUUUGCCGCGAGUUUUAUCCCUUGGUUACUUAUUGAUCGAAUUGGGAGGCGCCCUCUACUCUUGUCAAUGAUUUCAGUCAUGUCAAUUGUAAUGAUUGUGCAAACCGCAUUGAUCUACAAUGUGCAAAAUAAUACAUCGAUUGCAAAAGGUUGUGGCAUUGGUGCUGCAGUGAUGUUGUUUGUUUUUGAAGGGGCUUUCACUAUUGGAUUUCAAGCGACAGUCUGGGUCUAUCCUUCUGAAAUCCUCCCUCUCCGUCUUCGCCAACGCGGUUCCUCGGUCUCCACAGCAUGUAACUGGAUUUUCAAUUACACGAUCGUUCAAAUUACACCAAUCGCCUUAAACAAGAUAGGUUACAAGACCUACAUAGUAUUUGGGGUACUAAAUGCGUGCUGGAUUCCAGUCAUAUAUCUCUAUUUUCCCGAGACCAAAGGUUUGGAAUUAGAAGAUGUUGAUAAGAUCUUUGAGAGAGGUCAUGGGGCGAUCGAGGGACCAAGCAGUUUAGAAAGGGAUGAUGAGGAAUUCGGGGGAGUAAGUGCAUUAGAUGGGGAGGGUAGAAAUACAAGUUCUGAGAAUCCCAGUGGGAGCAGGAGUGGUAGUGGUAGUAGCGUUGCCAAGCAGAGAAAGUUGUUUACUGACAAUGGAAAAGGGAGGAAGGAAGAAAUAGAAUGGGUGGUGAGCGGAGAGCAUCUUUAA